AUGAGGAUAUACUCUAGCCUGUGGAAUGCAGACGACUGGGCAACUAGAGGCGGGCUUGUGAAAACAGACUGGAGUCCGGCUCCAUUUCCUGCCUCCUACAAGAAUUUCAAUGCAAAUGCCUGUAUUUGGUCCUCGGGGUCGUCUUCUUGCAGUUCCAACUCUCCACCUCCAACAUCCACCCCUGCAUGGCUAAAUAAAAAAUUGGAUACCACAGGCCAAGAAAGACUGAAAUGGGUGCAGAAGAAUUAUAUGAUCUACAAUUACUGUAAGGAUGCAAAACGCUUCCCACAAGGCUUCCCUCUAGAGUGUACAUAA